AACUUUGUCGUUGAUAUUAAUAAGAAAUUAUUAAUAUUUUAAAGCGUCGUGUUUAAUUGGUUUUCACGAGAGGUGUAAUGAAUAUUACAUAAUUUUUCUUUAAAUACGACUUUCGUGGAGCAAAAGUCAACGUCGUUCGUUUCAAAUGGUGCUAGAAAUGUUAAGUCUACCGAAAAGAGUUCUAUAUUUGUUUUAUUUAAAAAAAAAAAAAAAAAAAAAAAAAUUAGAAAAAACGAAAAAGAAAAAUGUUCUUCAUGUCAAAAUAAUUUCUUUCCGCUAGACCUAAUACUUCGCUUUCCCUAGCAUUUAAUUUUUUUUCGCUCUGCUUUUAUAUAUCAAACAGACAGAGACUUUCGCUUUUAAAAGUAUAUUUUACGUUAAAAUUCAUAAACGUAUAGCGCUUUUAGAACUUUCAAAUGAUAACUCAUGUAUCUUUCUGACCCAGAUUUCUACUCUGUCAAAAAUCUAUGAAAUCUGUGAAUUUCAUCUUUACACAUAACAGUUCUACCCUUUAUUCUCUCUCUCUCUCUCUCUCUCUCUCUCUCUCUCUCUCUGUUCCUCUUUCUCUUUCUCUCUUGAACAAGCAUCGUUGCAAGAGUUAUUGAGAAGAAAACUGACAAAGAGGAAUGAGAUUUAAAUGAAGCUCGAAUAUAUCAGUCUAUGAAGUACAAUUCUUCGGAUUGUUGAAUUGAUAAACGUUAGAGUCUUUGGGAAUAAAAUUUGUUGAAAGAUCAAAGAAACUUUCAAUGAUCGAGCUCUCUCGGUUUAAAAGAAAAAAGAAAGUGAAGGGGAAAAAAAAAGGAAAAUUAAAGUCCAAUGAAAAUAUCCAUCGAUAUUAUCGCCUUUCAUUAUGGAAAUUGUAGAAAUUGAAAGAGAAAAAAAGAAAGAAAGAAAGAAAGAAAGAAAGAAAGAAAGAAAGAAAGAAAGAAAAAGGAUAAUAUAAUUAAUCGAAUCGAAACGAUGAGAGGGAAUAAUAAAAACGUAAGAACGAAACGAGGAGGGUGGAUAAAAUCGAUAAAACGUAGAACCAUUGAUGGAAAUCGUUUUCACUGAUAUAUAACGGAACGACGACGUGUGACGCGGUUGGUCUGUUUACAUUGGAAGAUAUAUGCAAAUUUCGUAUGUACUAUUUACACGAGCCAGAACGCUUGCACCCGCGAGCCGAUGGAGAUUAACCUUUAUGUGCAUUCCCGAUGAAUACAAACGAAAUGCAGCCGGAAGUGAGAGGUAAGGGUGGGAGAUGUUCGAUCAAAGUCCCAGAAACAGAUCCAAAAAGGAAUGGAUCUUAUGAAAACUUCAAAAGUAGACCUAUAAAAGGCAACGAGCUAUCUUAACAGUUCAUUCUCAUAUCGAACGAUCACCGGUAUAACAAUAAGUGUUACUUGCUAACCAAAUCUUUUCAUCAGAAAGCAAACGGAGAAAAUUCGAGUAGUAAAGAUGGCUUUCGAAAAAUUACUCGCCAUCACGGUAAUCGUCUCGACUGUAAUCCUGAGAACCGUGAAAUCCGAUGGUCAUCAUGCACAUUCCUUUCAACAUUUUCACGGUCCGGUCAUCGGUGAAAAUCAGGAAGUGACGUGGAAGGACAAACAUGGUCAUCAUCAUCACGAUUACGUCGCUCAUCCUCACUACGAAUUCUCUUACGGUGUCGAGGAUCAUCAUACCGGUGAUUAUCAUGGACAAAAGGAACAUCGAGAUGGCAAAAAAGUAAUCGGUGAAUAUACCGUAAAGGAACCAGGUGGUAAUAUUAGAACCGUCAAGUAUCACGCAGGAAAAGAUGGUUUUUACGCUCACGUACACAACAGCAAUGGAAUCGAUCACGAAUAUGGGAAACACCAUUAGAAGAUAUAACGUUCGAAGUCUCGACAUACAUAAAUGCAUAUCAUAUAUAUAUAUAUAUCCUAUAAUAUCUUACGCUAUCCAUUUCCAUUACCAAAGAAACCUUAUUCCUAUCUUACUUGUUAUUCUGUAUUUUUUUCUUUCGAAGAAACCCAUUAAAUAAUAUUAAAUCUCAUAUAUCACAAAUCGUGUAAUUUUUUGUUCGUUAACUUAAUGAACGAAUGAAAUAGGGAAGAUAAGAAUUGGAAUACGAAUAGAAGAAACAAAAAAAGAAAAGAAAACAAAAACGAAUAAAUAGAAAGAAGAAUAAGAGUACGUGAAAAUGUAAAAUGAAGAAGAAGAAAGAGAAAGAGAAAGAAGACAUUUUUGUUUGUUCGUGAAUGUUCAACAAAAGCAAGAACACGUCGUUCUGUUUAUUUUCUCACCGUUACCCUCAACGUCUACUAUAAUAUUCACCUCUUCGAACGAUCGAUGAGAUACUUAAGUGCCCUCGUUUUCUGCCACUCUGCAAAAACAUCAAAGGUACCGGGAGGCUUUUGUGUUAGUAGAUAUGUGUGCACGUCCAUCUCUAUGUAUGCGUGUCUGGAUGUGUUUGAAGUGACGUUAAAAAGACUUCGUCACGAUGAAACGAAACCUUUAGUGAUCUCAAAGACCUGCGAGAGACUAUCGAAAUUUACCACGAGUCUAUUAGCUCGUCUUUCUCUCUCUCUCUCUUUCUUGUAUUCUCACUCUCUACCAUGCAACUUAUCACUUAAUUACAAUGUCUCUGAAAACAAUUAACCAAAUUUCUUUAUACGACAAAGAAACUUAUUCUACACUUUCAAAUAGGUUCAUUAAUUACUGUAAAGUCUAAAAUAAUAACUUUGUAUAUAAAGUUUGUCUGCGUGCGUGCAUGUAUCUAUCUAUGAACCCGUAUAUGUUUGUACGUGUGUGUGUGUGUUUCCAUAGAAUUACUUUGUCCUACGCAUGACGAAGUUUCGAUUUCAUUUGAAAUCAUUUUCCAUUCUCACUCUCCGCGUGAAAUUCACGAUCGACAAGCAACGUGCGGAAACUCGAAAAUGGUGAUACAGUUUUGUCGACACAACGCUAGUGUUUUGACAGGGUAUACUGUUCCAUUUGUACAACAACGAGCCACUUGAAUAACGCAUGAGUUUAACAGAUAUGACUAUUUGAUUGUCACGAAUACGUGACAAUCAAAUACCGCACUCCCCGGAUACACACCCAUGUGUAUACCAGUGAAGCGAGUAAACGCAUACAUUCCGUCGAUGCUUUCGCUCUAUGAAACACUAUAGAAACGUUUUUUCGUCCUUGCCUGACGAAAUUUCGAUCCGACGAAUAAUUUUUAUUAGUAUUCAAACGAUAUUAUUUAAUUUCCCCAUUAAAUGCCUCCUAAUUCGUGCGUACGACAUUUAAAAGAAAUUAAUAAACGAAUAAAUAAAUAAAUAAAUAAAUAAAUUUCCCAUUCGAAAGUAAACAGCAGGAAAAAUUAUUCACGUCCAUGAAACAUUUUUAAAUGGAUAUAAUUUUUCUCCUCAAUUUUAUUAUUCUUUCAAUACGAUCGAUCUCGAAGAAAAGAGGUUGGUGAGCGAAGACGUGGUAGAGAAAGAGAGUUCGAUAGAAAAGAAAUUCAUUACGAAUGAUUUAAUAUCAGAUAUAAUCGCAAGUACGUAGACGGAUAGUGUACCAUUGAAUCCAAUAGAAACUUCAGAUCGAUCUAAUGGCUUAAUCGGAGACAGGAUACAAAGCCACGAUGAGGUUCGAAGCUCAUUGAGAGAUUCGACUGAUUAACGAGGUAUAGAGCGUCAUUGCGUAAAUCGGCCUACAGAAGGGAGUCAAUGAAAGGCACUUAAUUGCAUUUGGAUACAAUGCUCGACCCUGUAAUAUUCUCUUGUACGCGCUUUAACAUCCGCGUUGUCAGCUAUUGCCACGCUCUAAUUUUCUCUCGGGAAAGUUCAUUGUCUACACGUCCAGAGCUUGUUGUGUUCGGCACCCUCCACCCCUUCGUUCCUUCUCACCCCUCCGCCAACCCACCCUCCUAUCCCGCAGCCAUGUUACCCCCAUCACGUUAGUGAGCGCACGCGUGUAAUGCGCACGUGUUAAACGUCUCUCAUAAAAAGCAGACGUCUAUUGCUAUCAGAGUUUUCUUUUCCCUUCGCUAUCUUUCCGAUCUUAACAUUUAAUUUACAACCAACCUCCGUGUAUAAUCUUUUGAUAGCUGAUUCGGAAAGCACAAAUACGAAUAGUACAAUCUUUCAACAACCAUUAACCUCACCCACUCCUUGAUGAACGUAGAUCAACGUUUGAAAAAUAUAAGAUUGAUCGAUGAUAGUUUAAUUACGUAUCGUACGUAUGUAUUCUUUUCAUCAUUGAAAUUAAAGACUCGUGAUAUUUUCGAAUAUUCUUGUAAUUGUAAAUCUUUCUUUUUCUCUUUUCUUCUUUUAUUUCACGAUUUGUCCUCUUCUAUCGCUUUAAAAAUUCCUUCACGAUUCUCCAAAUUUUAUUUGUUUUUCAUUAAUCGCCGACUCGGUAUUCCGUCUAGGGGAUAAUCGUGUUUCGAUUUUAGUUACGAUGCUUCUAGUUUUAUUUGCGUUCUUCGAUGAAGAACUAUUUCAGAAAAGAAAUUAAAUUAUAAAGUUGUGUUAAUAUCGUUCGCGAAUAAGUUCAAAUAUAAUUUCUAAUCGUCUUGACAACGAUAUACGCGAAAGAGAUCCGUAUUUCACUCGGUUAAACGUGACUUUAUAUAUCAGGUGAUUUUAUUCGAGUAACUAAA